AUUCAAACACUGCGGUCCAAUAGGGCAGCUGGUUCGACUCGGUUGUUUGUUUGGGUAGCAGGUUCAAGUGUAGUCGUGUCUAUUUUUUUUUAAAUGUUUCUGAAAUUCCUAUUUUCCUUUAGGUUAUUUUGAAUUAAGUCAGGGCUAUCUAUUGUGUUUUUAAACUGAAAUUGUCGUUUGGCGAUGACUCACGCUCAUUUAUAAAUCUAUUGAGUGUAAAACGUAAGGAGUGAGCAUGGCUAGCCUGGAGAACAGCCUGAAAACAGUGGUUAAGGUCUUUAGGAGGGAAUGUCACAGGGUCCUGGAGUCCGAGAUGACCACGAUCAGAGGGGCGGACAGCAUGCUCAUUGCUUUGCAGCUCGUCAUGGCUGAGGCUAACAAGACGGAGACCGGAGAGUUUACUGUGGCUCUGAGUGAUGUCAUCGUCACCUGGCAACGCUUGCUGAGGGAGAAACUCCACCUGCCCCUCUCCGACUCCGCUCACCCGGAAAACUAUGACAUCAUCCGUAGAGAAUACGACUCCUUCCUAAAGCGCACCAACACGCUGGACCUGAUUGAUGUGUCCAGGAUGUACCAGCAGCUGAGGGCAGAGUCUGACCCAGACGAACCGCUGAGUUCCGUGGAGCUGCUGCAGUUCCUGUCAGGCGGCGUGGAGAGCAGCACAGACUGUCUCCAAACCCCAUCCAGCCAUGACUGCCCUCAGACUCCAUCCAGGAACACCAGCCAAUAUAGUUUACAGGUACAGGGGGCGCUGCGGAGGCUGUUCUGCUCCUACCUUGAGCUGCUGGUGAACACCAGGAACGACCUGGCCUUGGCGCAGGUGCUCGACGCCCCCUGCAGGGGGCUCAGCUGUGUGGCGUUCACCAACCUGAAGCGGCAGGCCCGCGCCAGCGGCACCUCCCUGUUUCUGGCCGCUGUGUCGUUUGUGCGGGCGAUCCAGCUUGGCGGGAAGGGCUAUGCACCCCCCGACUCUCACCCGCUCAGGGGGCACCUCAAGGGCCUGUCAGACUUUGUCCGUUUUACAGAUCACCUGCAGGAGCUCAUGGGAGAGACCCCAGAUCCCAGUGUUGCCGGGGAGAAGCUGGUAUCUGUCAUCAGGGCGGCGCUGGUGAAGGGCUUGAGCAGCGAGCAUCCCGUGCUGGCGGGGGCUGAGGGGGUGGCAUGUGACCUGAAGAGGAGGAUGUGCCAGAUCCUUGAUGCUCAACGGGGGGCAGCCUGUGACUCGGGCAUCAGCCCCGCCCGGCCCAAAGUGCACGCCAUCAACCACGCCACCGCCUACGGUGGCCGGGCUACAGUGAAAGUGCUGAAGGCUCUACUGGAUGAGGAGGCAUUGUCGCCACCCUGUAGGAACAAGGCAGAACUUCUAUACAGAGACCAAGCGCCCAUUGAUGCCAUUGGAGAAACCUGCAUCCUCACUCUUUUUCGAUCCCCAGAAGCUCCGACUGGAUGUUCUCCGCAGGCUCUCAGGCAGCGGGUGCAAAAGAGGGCCAAACCCAAGGUGAGUGGGCACGUCAUCCGUUCCCAGUUUGCCUGCACCUAUGGCGAGGAGGAGCGGCCUCUCAGCCGCGUGCUGCGAUUUCCCACCCGCGGGGGCCUGGAGGGCGAGGGGGCGGCGCCUUUCGCCGCAGCCGAGUGUGAAAAAGGCUCAUCGGCAAGCAGCCUCGUCGGACAGAGGGUGCCGCUGGGGUCACGGGGGACCAACAUCCGACCUGGGGCGGCCGGAGACGUUGGCGAGGCGUGCAAAAGGAGGAGGGUGGAGGAGGAAGGCGAGGUGGAGAGGCAGCCCCAGAAGAAACGUACCCUGGGUACCGGGGUCCCCAGACGCCCGGGGAAGAGCGGUGACAGAGCUGCCCCUGCCAAGCAGAAGUUGAUAUCUGGACAGAGCAAGCUGACCAGCUUCUUCAGGGUAUAGGGUUUCCCCCGCCCCCCGCACAUCCCUCCUCGCCUCCACCCGGUUCCCCACAGGCGAUCGGUGACGGACCCAUGCUGUCCCGCUCGAUGCCGGUGACCUCAGCCCCACACAACAAGGUGGUGUGACAUUGAAGCCGGAUGUUGUAAAACAUGUGAUGCCUUUCCCUGAUUGGCUUUUACCCCGAGUCACACAACGGUCUCCGAGACUGAAAGGGAGCCAUUUUCUUAUCCCCUCUCCAGCCUUGUUUUGCACGGACUUCUGGAAGCGCUUGAGUGGAAAACGGAUAUUCUGUGUGUUAGAUCAGUCCUGGUUUAACUUGGAUAUUAGACGUGUAUUUUCUUUUCGUAAAAGAAGGUACCGCAUAAAUUAUGGUUUUAGGUUGCUGAUCUGUGCUAUGGUGUGCAUCUGUGCCAACGUUGCUGUGGCAAUGGGUGAGGUUGUGAUGGCGUGUAGAUUGGCGUGUAGAUUGGCAUGAUCCCCCCGCGUCUAUGUCCAUGAGGCAAUCUGGAAAGUGUAAUUGCUUAUGUGCUCGGGAUCCAAGUGGAUCUGUUUGAUGCCACAUCAGUGAAAGGGGUGGUACAGGGCAAUCCAGCCCCCCCCCCGACUUUCAGAUACCCAUCCAAAAAAGCUGUGUCCCCCCUCCCCCAAGUCCUGUGCCAGAAAAGUUCUAGCUCUUUGUCUUUACGUAGAGUGCGCCAACAUUAAAAUGGUGAUUUCGGGCAUUUUUUGAUCUACAAAACAAGCCUUUGCCACUUUGUUUGCAGGUCUUCACGCCUUUUUAAUAAACGCUUUUUAUUCUUUGUUA